ACUAGUUGGCAACUCAGCAUCAGAUAAGUGGGAGGCGUUGUUUUGUGUAGGUUCUCUGCUGUCUUGUUAGAGAAGGUGACAUAACAGGAGAAGGUGACAUAACAGAAGGUGACAGGACAGACACCAGUAUGGCAAGCAAGAGAAUCCCCUGUGAAGUCAAAGCUGAAAGGUCUCUGUCAUCCGGAGACUAUGAUGGCAUUGUUUUGGUGACAGAUGCACUAAGCAAACUUGGAUCAGGCUUUGAACCCCUGGCAGCUGCACUGAAAUCUCAGGCAGAGUUUGACUCAUCAGUAGAGAAAGAUGGUGCUUGUGUAAAGGUAAACCUUCCAGCCGGCCGCCUAAUCUUUGCACCUACUGGACCCCUUAACCGUGAUUAUGAUGACGUCCGUCGAUUUGCGGAUGCUGCAGCGUCUGGCAUCAAGAGAGCAAUCAAAGUCGGGGUCAAGCGUCCACUCCUCAUCCGAGCCCCAGAUCAGAGCUUCAAGCACGCUGACCUUGUGACCUUGCUCGGAGCACUUCACGCCCUUUACGUGCCCCUUGAGAUUCGAGAAGAUGUACCAGAGAAAAUCACCAAGGUUCAGACUCUUGGAUUUCUUGGCAGCGACAAGGUCGUUGAGCUGGCUCUUGCUCUAGAGAGUGGCAGGUCUGUUGCUCGUGAUGUUGGAGGUUCUGACCCAGAGCGCAUGGCUCCCCCACGUGUGGAGGAGUAUGUGCGGAAAGUGUUUGAGGGUACAAAGGUGAAAGUCGAUGUAGUUUCUGAUGAUACUAAACUUGUCAAGGAGUACCCUCUGUUUUCUGCUGUCAACAGGUGUGCCAAAGGUGUGCCACGUCACCAGGGUCGCAUAAUCUACCUGACUUACGAAGGUGCUGGGCCAAUUGAACAGACCCUGAUGUUGGUGGGCAAGGGUGUGACCUAUGACACUGGCGGAGCUGACAUCAAGGCUGGCGGUGUGAUGGCUGGCAUGCACAGAGAUAAGUGUGGGUCAGCAGCUGUGGCUGGUUUCAUGCAGAUCCUUGCAAAACUGCAGCCUGCCAAUAUUAAGGUUAUUGGCUCUAUGGCAAUGGUACGCAACAGUGUGGGUUCAGAGUGCUAUGUUGCAGAUGAGAUAAUAACCUCUCGUGCUGGAGUGAGAGUAAGAGUUGGAAACACAGAUGCAGAAGGACGAAUGGCCAUGGCAGAUGUCUUGUGCCAUAUGAAGGAAAUGGCAGUCAAUGAGGUAAAUCCUUAUCUCAUGACGAUUGCAACACUGACGGGUCACUGUGUCCUUGCAUAUGGUGAAGCAUAUACGGCCAUAAUUGAUAAUGGCUCGGCAAGGCUGGCUGGUAUGUCUCAGAAGUUGCAGGCAUCUGGGGAAGAGGUUGCUGAUCCAUUUGAGAUUUCUUCAAUGAGGCGAGAAGACUUCGAUUUCCAUUGUGGCAAGAGUGAAUAUGAGGACGUCUUGCAAUGUAACAAUGCCCCUUCUUCGCGCACUCCACGUGGCCACCAGACUCCCUCAGCCUUCCUUGUUAUGUCUUCAGGAAUGGAUAAGCAUGGGAAGGAAAGCAGCAAGCCCCUCAAGUACUCGCAUCUGGAUAUUGCCGGCUCUUCCGGACCUUUCCCCGGGAUUCCAACUGGGGCCCCCAUUCUUGCCAUGGCUCAUGCUUUUAUUCCCAAUGCCUUCUAAUUUUUCAGAUAAUCCAGUGAUAAGCAUAGGAGUUCUAGUUUUGAAAUAUCGCUGGAUGAACUCUUAAACUCUUAUUGAAAAACUAAGCAUUGGCUUAAAAUUGGCGAAUCAUGCAGCUCUAUUUGAUGAUAAACAAGGGUAUGGGAGUUUAACAAAUUGUUGAAAGUUAAUUUAUGUCCUCAUGAGUAAAUAUUGCUGUGAUAUCUUGGACCUCUACCCCACAAAGACUGACUUGGAUAUUUGCAGUUAUGUAACUGUCAAUGCCAGUACUUAAUGAUCCCAGAGAAAAAAAAAUGUUAUAGCUUAAUACUUAGCACCUCAGAGAUUGUAAUUUAAUUUUAUAUGAAUUUCUAACAGAUGAAAUUAAUUUAAAUGAUGCAUAUUUGAAGAUAUUUUUAAAAUGUUCUUUCUCUAUCUUGACAUUUAUAUAUUAGGGCAAAAACACUAUCUUUGUCCAUUGUAUGCCUCAUCACCAUCUCUUGUAAAAGACUGCUACACUUAAAUAAAUAUUUGUUUCAUA